AAGGAUUUCCCAUCCUGCUCCGAUCCGUUGCUCCAAUGUAGACCUUGGUCCGACCGAACUACAAUUCCCAGCUUGCUGUGGACCUCCGCGGUUGCAGUGCACCCUGGGAAAGAAGUGUCCAGCUCUCCCCUCAUUGGCUAUGCGGCGUGCGCGCAGAGACCACGCAGCUCUCGGCGGGAUUCUCCGGAACUCAUUUUGCAUCUUAGACGUUGUCAGCCGGCGGGUUUAGAGAACAGUUCCACUUCCGGUACCACCGGAAGCAAUUUCGCGAUGGCAUCUUCUUCUGCGGAUGAGCCUGCCAAAGCGGCUCUAAAGGGUGACUCUCGCCAGCAGAAGCAGAAGCGCGAGACCCAAGAUGAGGCAGAACUCCUCACUGUCCCUGAUGGCUGGAAGGAACCAGCUUUCUCCAAAGAGGACAAUCCCAGAGGGCUCUUGGAGGAAAGCAGCUUUGCAACCUUGUUCCCGAAAUACAGAGAGGCUUACCUGAAGGAGUGCUGGCCUUUGGUGCAGAAAGCUUUGAACGAACAUCAUGUUAAAGCAACACUGGACUUGAUUGAGGGUAGCAUGACUGUGUGUACGACGAAGAAGACUUUUGACCCUUACAUCAUCAUUAGGGCCAGAGACCUAAUAAAACUCUUGGCGAGGAGCGUUUCAUUUGAACAGGCAGUACGGAUACUUCAGGAUGAUGUUGCAUGUGACAUCAUUAAAAUCGGUUCCCUAGUGAGAAAUAAAGAGAGAUUUGUUAAAAGAAGACAGCGGCUUAUUGGUCCCAAAGGAUCUACAUUGAAGGCAUUGGAACUCCUAACAAACUGUUACGUCAUGGUUCAGGGGAAUACGGUUUCUGCCAUUGGGCCUUUCAGUGGCCUGAAGGAGGUACGAAAAGUAGUCCUUGAUACCAUGAAGAACAUCCAUCCAAUUUAUAACAUUAAAACCUUGAUGAUUAAACGGGAGUUGGCAAAAGAUUCCGAGUUGCGAUCACAGAGUUGGGAAAGAUUUUUGCCACAGUUCAAGCACAAAAAUGUGAAUAAACGCAAGGAACCAAAAAAGAAGAGCAUUAAGAAGGAGUACACACCAUUCCCUCCUCCGCAACCAGAAAGUCAGAUUGAUAAGGAGUUGGCUAGUGGUGAAUACUUUCUGAAGGCCAAUCAGAAGAAGCGGCAGAAGAUGGAAGCCAUCAAGGCCAAGCAAGCAGAAGCUCUUACGAAGAGGCAGGAAGAAAGAAACAAGGCAUUCAUUCCACCUAAAGAAAAGCCAGCUGUGAAGCCAAAGCCAGCUUCUACUGAAACAAAGAUUGAUGUGGUGGCUAUCAAGGAAAAGGUUAAGAAAGCAAAGACCAAGAAACUGGGCGCUCUUACAGCAGAGGAGGUUAAACUUAAGAUGGAAGCCGACGAAAAGAAACAGAAGAGAAAAAAGUAACAUUGGAAAAAAAUCUGGAACUGAACUUUCAAGGUGUUUCCUUUUGUAAAGGAUUUUGAGAUGGCUUUAUAGCUGUCUCACCUAGAAGUAGUCAUGCUCAGAAGCUCAUGGCCAUAUCCUUUGUAAAUAUUUUCGAGUGAGAGGGUGGUAGAUACCUGUGUGUACAUUCAGUCCCAGGCAGGUUUUGUCUAUACUUUUUUUUUUUUUUUAGGAAUACCUCUUUUAAAUUAUAUAGAAUUUUGGAACGAGACCAAUGUUGUCAUUGGUUCAUCUUUUUAAACACACCCAAAGCGUUUGGUUUUGAGGGAAAUAAAUGCAAAUUUUCCAGUAGUAACGGCAACUAUUUUUGUAAUUUUUUUCCAGGAUAAAACAACCCACAAACAGAAAAACCAAGACUGUAAAUCAAAUCUCUCAGUCCCUAUUAUUCUAAGGAAACGGUACCAUGUGGGUAUUGGGAAAUCCAACACAGAUCCUCCGCAAGAGCAGUAGGUGCUCAAAACCUCUGAGCUGAGGGCAACUGGACUAUGGAGAGUUAUCAGAGAUGUAUUUUGUAGAUCUGAACCCUAGGGGGUCUUUUUCUUGCUUGAAAGCCUAGCUGCGGCAACCUAGGCAGUCCUUAUUCAUGAAGUACAGUAGCCAGUUAUGAUGCCCCCCCCCCAACAAUGGCAUUAGUCCAAAAGAACUAAAUUAGGGUAUUUGUGCUUUACCAAAAUGGUAACUAUAACAGACAGUAUCAGACAUACUGCCUUAACAAUGAGAAAGAGAGAUGUGUAUCUGUUACGUAGAUAGAUGGGUCUUCCUGGAUAGUUACCAGAACCUGUGAAACAAACAGAGUGUGCUCUUAGUUUUUCAUGAUGUGCUAACCCAGUCUCCAACCCAGUCCAUACAGUUUAGGUUUGCAUACAUACGUGAGACGUGGUCUCUUUGUGGGUUAACUGUAAAACCAACAGUAAAAAAAGAUUAGGUUUUUAAAUUAUAUCUUUAUAACCAUGAACUUGAUUUGGUUUUAUUAAAUACAGUGAUUAUAGAGGUUUAAAAGAAAAUGGCCACCAAAGGAGUGGUGUAAUUAGCAAGGGGAGUGGGCUUUGAGGUCUGUGCUGAAGCUAUUCUCAGUGUCAGAGACCAUUUCCUAUGACCUGAUCAAGAUGUAGCCAGCACCAUGAACCUCUGAAACUGUAAGUUAGCAGCCCCAAGAAACGCUUUUCUUGUAGAAUUGCCAUAGUCAUGGUGUCUUUUCACAACAAUAGAAACCCCAAGACAGCAAUUUUCAAAGGUCAAUCAAGGUUUUUGCUAUUAACUGUCAACUUAGUUUUCCAGUCUUUUUAUAUAAACUUAAUAUGUGAAUUUUUAUACUCUACCAGUUCAUGGAAAAGUUGUUUGAUUUGCCAUAGCCACCAGAGGAAUCUUCUGUUGAGCUAUGGUUGAAACUGAAGGUGAAAAUAUAAUAGUUUGUUUUAAAUAACACAAAGUAUUUCCUAAGCUCCUCCCCACUAAGGAGAAAGGUAGAUACGAUGAAAUAAGGAGGCAGCAGUCUCCUGUCCAGCAUGGUGGGCCAUCUGACUUUUCAAAACUCAGAAUUAUGUAUGUCUCUGUCUCUAAGUUUCAGAUUUUGAUACUCAGCACUGGGGAAGAUAGGUGCCCCAAUUGCACAUACAUGGACAGAUAUUGAAUGCCUGUGAUGGAGCCAUUGUGGCCUCGUGAUCAGCAAACCCAAGGUGCCUUGACAGUUAUACCCAUGAAUUUGCAUCAUGUUUUUUCUAGUUUUUCCCCUGUGUGCAUCUGCAGAGUUGUCAAUCUACAUUCAACUACAGAAACCAAUGGACAUCCACGCACUAGCUAAAGCUACCUUAUGUGACAUGGGUAUGUCCAGGCAGCUGCACAGUAGUUUAUCAUUCACUGUGCACACAGCAGCAUUAGGCAAAACAGUAGGCAAUGGUGGACUCUUAUUUCGUUAGCUAAUACUAUGUCAGUUAGGUUCUGUUAAAUAACAGCUUUGAUCUUACAAUCCUGAACCUUACAAUAAAAGGUGGGAUGGUCUUUUUUUCACAUGGAAACACUAUUACUCUGAAGUGAAAUGCUUUCUAACAGGCCAACAUUUAUAUUUUAAAAAGUGCAUAAACUGAGCUUUGUACAUUGAAAAAAAUUAAUGACAACUUAGAGGUUGAGUCACCUAGUAAAUUGUCUUGUAUGUACCAUGUAA